UCCGCCAGGCUGCAUACGCCUACACGGACUCAGAAUUUUCACGUGCAAUGUCGGCUAUGGCUCAAUUGAAGCCGGCGGCGUACGGGAAGUUGAUGCGCGUAGGCCCUGAGAAGUGGGCACGAUCACAAAGUCCGGUGACCCGUUAUAGUUUUCUUACAUCUAAUGCUGCCGAGGCUUUGAAUGCCCGUUUGUUGUGGGCCAGACGCCUUCCUAUAUGCUCCAUGCUGGAGGCAAUCAGGAUGGUUCUGGAGCAGUGGUUCAAUGACAGACUUGCGUCUGCGGAAGAGAGCGAUGACCUUCUUACUCCAGAGGCAAAACAGAAGAUAAGUGCGGAGAUCUCAAAGAGUCGUCGCUACACUGCGAAGAGGACCUCCGAGAGAAAAUACAGGGUUCGUGCUGGUGAUCGUCGCUUCAUGGUUGACCUUCAAGCGAAGAGCUGUGAAUGCAAUGAAUUCGACCUGGACGGCAUGCCGUGUUCUCAUGCGAUCGCAGCCAUUACUGAGGCGAAAGAGCCAGUGGAAGAUUACGUGGAAGCUUACUACUUGCGGAGUUCACUGGUUCAAACAUACUCCGGAGCAGUAAAUCACUUGCCUCCCUUAGAGCACUGGGAAAUUCCGUUUGAAGUUGCAUCUGAUAUUGUUUUGCCAAACCUUUCUCGGCGACAAGCUGGUCGACCAAGAGAAUCUAGAAUUCCUUCAGCUGGUGAGAGGCCGACUCAAAGGACCACAACAGCGGAUGCAUCAAGUAGUCUGGGAAAACGAGCACCCAAAACCUGUGGUCUAUGUGGCUCGCCUGGCCACACACGUAGAGCAUGCAAGGGUACGGGCUGGGAGCAGUAGCUUAAUUACCUUUUAAAUUAAAUUUUGAUGGAUA